CGAACUUCACCACCGUCAGUCUCCGUUUUCCCACAAUCCACAGCGGUUCCUCCACAUUUGGAUCUUGUUCUCUGAGUGUCAAACCCAAGAUGGCACUUCACCGGUUAUUCCAGCUGUCCUCUGUACUGCGCUCCGCCGUGAGCCUGACCCUCCGCAGGAACAUCGGUAUCUCCGCUGUCCUCUUCAACCGGGCCAAGGAGCUCGACCCCGUCCAGAAACUUUUCCUGGACAAGAUCCGUGACUACAACACCAAGAGCAAGACUUCUGGUGGCAUUGUGGAUGCAGGACCUGCUUACCAGAAGAACCUGUCUGAAGAGGUAACCAAACUGCAGAGGCUAUAUGGUGGAGGAGACCUCACCAAGUUCCCAGACUUCAAAUUCACAGAGCCCAAGUUCGAUGAAGGCGCCAAGUGAAUGCUGUCCAUGUUGUAUAUCUCCUACAUGUCACCAAUACGUUGUAUUUAAUAAAAAGAUAGUGGAAUGAA